AUGCCUGCCAACCAACGCCAGCCGGCGGCGCAGCCUCCGCCAUCGCCUAACGCCAAGGCCACGGCCAGGUACACGAACAAAGAUGGCUCAAAGAUCAUCACCGUACCCAAGUCUGCUCAAAGCACCGAUGCUUCCCAACCCUCCACGCCGACAACCACGACCAAGGCCCCCGUGUUACCAGCGACGAACGGGACCAGUCCCGUCGAUCAGGAACCCGCCCCAGCGGUCAAUCGUAAAAAGCAGAAGAGGCGAGCAAAGCUUGCUGCCAAGGCCGCUGCCGAGCAGGCGGCAGCUGCGACGAACACAACGUCUGAGCCCGUGCCUCCGACCACGCCUUCCGCCGCGCCGAAGCCCAGCCCAUCCACUCGCCAACAUGAAGUGGAGCCCGAAGCGACCGAUGAGGAGGAGGAUAGGGAAGGAGACAAUCACGCCAAUACCAACGGCACGACGUCUGGCAAGUCAAAAAAGUCCAGGAAGAAGAAGAAGAAGAACGGCGUCGCGCAAGCCACUGCCGACGAUCCCCAGUCAGCCAAUGUCCCGCCGCCUGCCACAGAAUCCCACCCGCUCCCACCACGAGGCCCUGGUAUCUCCAAGGAGAAGAUCUGGAACACGAGCUCGCAGGAGGAGCGAGAGCGGAUCAAGGAGUUUUGGCUAGGCCUCGGUGAGGAGGAUCGCAAGUCGUUGGUCAAGGUCGAGAAGGACGCUGUGCUGCGCAAAAUGAAGGAACAGCAAAAGCACACGUGCAGCUGCACCGUCUGCGGCCGCUAG